GAAUUGCACACUCCGGCGCCAGUCUCUCUCGAAGAUAGUCUUCUGUACCACCGGUGCCAUUUUAGCUCAAAAGCAAAACAAUUCCAGAAAUUUACAACCACCAUGAGCUGCUUUCAACACAAACCCAGCACCGAUAGGCGGAAGAACAACGAGUAAGCUGCAAGGAUGCUCCAGAAGUCGGAGUACUGCGUUCAUGUGUACAGGAACAAAUGAAUGAGGCUGAGCCACUCCCCUCGCCAGACCUGUAUAUGUGUGUCUGCAUGCCUUCAAGUUAGGGGGCGGGGACCAACUCCUCUGAGACAUAUCUGCUAAGGCGAGCCUGCUUGGAUUGUCAUGGACCGGAAGCUGGAAGAAGAGCCGGGUCCAGACUAGGACUUGGUUGCAGAGGAAAGCGGAUGCUGAGAGCUGACAGUGGUUUCACCCAGAGUGUGUGUGUCAGACCUCUCACACGCUGGCUGGUCAUCUGAUGUUGCUGUAAAGAGCCUGCAGGGAGAUUCAUCCGGAGCUCUCAACAUGAACCCGGACGUGAUGUUCUUGUGGCUGAAGAAAAUGAUCCCACCGUUGAGCUGACGUUGUCAAGGCCUGACUCACUCAUGGAGGACGAGAGAUCUGUCUCACCUCAGCCGGAUUCUUCUGAUUCGUCAAAACCUCAACGACCUUCCGGGUGCCCUGCAGAGCAUAUAAAUGGACACUAUGAGGAUGUGCGCAGUGAAACAGCAGUGCGGUUUCACCAGGAACUCGCAACGGAACAAACAAAUGGAGAAGAACAGGGACACAAUGCUGAUCAGUGGGAGGAAAUAUCAUGGUCUGUGCAGCCUCUGACUGGCAGCGCAGCAUCAAUGUCCUUUGCUACAGUGCAGUGGGAUCUGCCCCAGUCCGCCCUUGUCACGGAGGAAGGCACAUCCUUGGGUUUUCAGAAACCUCAAGACUUUCUGUCUCAACUUCUCACACACACAAGCAACGAAGAAGAUGAGUCUGAUGUUUGGAUGUUUUCUAAAACAACUGUGGAAAUGAAUGGAAGCCACAACAAGCCAUGUGAUGCGGCGGAAGAGGAAGAGCCCCAGAAAGGGGAAGAUCUGCUUCACAAGCUGGUCAACAGCAGUAACGGAGUCACAGUGAGGAGCGAUUCGGGCAGGAAGAGUCAUUCGAUCGCUGUGGAGGCUGUGAGUUUAACUGACAUUCUGGAGGAGACUGCAGAUGUUUUGCAAGUGGAAGAGGACGAAGAGGAGCCAGAUAUUCUACUCAGGAGAAAGUGGGAGUCAGAGGACAGAGAGUUGAUUUCAUUUAACGGUGUCCACACGUGUGAAGCACCUGAGGAUGAGGGCGAUGGCACUCUGCUCAAUACUCAGAAACCUUCAGACACAAGAGAAGCUUCAACUAUAAGAAGUGAGGCAUCUGAUGUGGAUGCAGAGACGGAAACAAAGGAAGGUCUGACUGUUGCAGCUAGAAAUCGGUACGCUUCUUCAUCUUCGCCGAACAUGACCGGGAACCUUUGCGGUGACAGCGACCAAACAACGACACAAGACAUUAGCACAUCAAUGACACCUGAACGCUCAAAAGUGGAGGUUACACACACAGGGGAUCAAAGUGAUGAGUCAGCUCUGGUGGGACAGAAACAACCUCUGACACAGACGUUUGUUCAAGCUGAUACAUCGGCCGUUUCCACUCAGUCAGAGCAGACGGAAACACCGGAGCAGAAUGGAUCGCAGCUCCAAGCGACACGCAUGUCAAUGCCGCCGACAGAUCCGCAGAAGACGGAUGAGUCAGGAGUGUUGAAACAUCUGUCUUCACAGUGUGAGGUCACACGGAAGAAAGUUUUCCAACAGAUGGACCCUAUCGCUGAGUCAGCAGAGCAGGAUGGUAGCACUCAGGAUGGCGGCGCUCAGACAAACGCAGGGACGGUCGAACCCACGAACCAUCACAUGAACGGACACAAGGAGGACAGCGAGUCAGCCCGUAACCUUGCUGAGCGCCUCUUCAAGCUGGAUGGGAUCCAACGUGUGGAAGUGGCCAGGCACCUGGACAAAGACAACGACUUCAGUCGAGCUGUGGGCAAGGAAUACUUGAGAUUCUUUGACUUCAGCGGACAGGAUCUGGAUCAUGCCCUCAGGUCCUUCCUGAAGGUGAUCAUACUGAUCGGGGAGACUCAGGAGAGAGAGCGGGUGCUGCAGCAUUUCGCUCGACGCUUCCACGAGUGCAACCCAGAGUCUUUCUCCUCUUCAGGCGCUGUUUUGGCUCUGACGUGUGCCCUGAUGCUCCUGAACACCGACUUGCAUGGGCAGAACGUCGGGAAGUCCAUGUCCUCCUCCAAGUUUGUGUCCAACCUGGACGGGAUGAACGAUGGAGAAAACUUUAGCAAAGAUCUGCUGAAGACUCUUUUCAACUCCAUCAAGUGUUCGCCGCUGGAGUGGGCUGUUGAUGAAGAGGAAUUGAGGUGUUCUGUGCUGGGGGAUGAAGAGGCGGGAGAGGCGGCGGCGCUGAGGUCCAAGGGUAACCCUUUCCAGGACAUUCCACAUGACAAGACGGCGCCUGAAGUCAAACAGGGGUUCCUGUUGAGGAAGAUCCACGCUGACAUCGAUGGGAAGCGCACCCCAUGGGGCAAAAGAGGCUGGAGGACCUUUUAUGGAGUGUUGAAGGGGAUGGUGCUUUAUUUAAAGAAGGAUGACUACAAGCGUGAGCAGCAGCAGGUGAACGAGGAGGCAGUGAGUGUGCACCACUCUCUGGCUGAGCAGGCCGUGGACUACACCAAAAAGCCUCACGUGUUCCGCCUGCAGACUGCCGACUGGAGAGUCUUCCUCUUCCAGGCCUCAUCCAAAAUGGAGAUGAACUCCUGGAUCAGUCGAAUCAACCUGGUUUCUGCGCUGCGCUCUUCGCCUCCUUUCCCUGCGGCUGUCGGCUCCCAGAGGAGGUUCUGUCGGCCCAUCCUGCCCGCGUCGCAGUCUGCUCACACCCUGGAGCGUCAGCUUCAGUCUGCAGCAGGGAUGCUCCAGUCCUUCCAGGCUGACCUGUCGCACCUCCAGCAGAACCCACCAGAGAGCAGAAAAGCUAAAGCCAGAGAGCUGGAGGAGCACCGGGUCAGAGCCCAGUACCUGCAGCACGAGAUGUGUCGGUACCAGAACUACAUCUACGUGCUGCAGUCCUGGAAGAAAGUGAAGAAGACCGAAGACGGCGAGGUGACUCCUGAAGACCUGACUCUGUUUGAGAAGAUCAUCUCUGCCGACCUGGGGAGCGAAGACGACGAGGCAGACGGACUGAAGAAGUCUCACUCCAGCCCGUCUCUGGAGCUGGAGACGGCUCCUCCACCUGUGGUCAAGGUCCGACGCAAUAUUUCAGAGAGGAGGACGUAUCGCAGGCCCAUGGUCCACCGCUGGAAUAAGGAGGCAUGAGUAAGCUCAGUGAUGUGUCGGUCCUGAGCGACAGCGCAGGAACAGAAAGACGUCUGAUCAGCUUCGUUUUACUUCUCGUGCACUUUUCCCGGAACAAACCUCAGGAAACCCCCAAAUUUUUCUGGACCAAGGAGUCUUUUUUUGUUUUUAAUGCGUUGUAAUUUAUGAUUUUUUUUUUUUAUUUGUGUCAGAAACCUUGCGCCGUUUUGUCAGUUUUUGGCAGAAAGUGUCAUAAAAUAUUCAACCACUAGAGGUCGCAGUUGCAGAGGUUAUUUCUGUUGAUGAAGACAACAGGAUGUGUUUGUGACAUUAUGACCAUGUUAAUGAGCGGUUUUUGCACUGCGCUUUUAAAAGUGGUCACAAUGUUCUGUCCGAGUGUUGUAGUUAGAGCCCUUUAGCACUUUUGUUUGUUUUACUGUUGUUCAAUGUUGUUACAGAUGUUUUUGUUUACUUGAAAAGUUCCCUAUUUCUUAACUCACAGGUAUAUGCAAGCAAACUGACUUCAUGACGUCUCAUGUCAAAAUAUCUAAUGUUCUUGAGUUACCAUGAAGGAUUUUUCAGUAUUAAAAAGAUGCCUUUAUGUCGGUUUACUUUAACCUGUUUCAUAGCACCUGAGUGAGUCUUGUACCUUUAGAAGCCCAGGAUGACAUAAAGCCAUAUUAGGGUUAGACAUGUGUGGAGACAUUCACUUCUUAGCUUUUCUUCCUCAGGUAAUCUCAAGAUGCUGUUCUUCCAUAUUGCUGUGCCAGAGUUAGUGUUUUUCCUCUUCAUCUUUAUUGUCACCACCACACUGGGAGUGUAGUUCGAGUGGGAGAUACCCUUGUCAACCAUCCAAAUGAAGUGGAACCACCUCACCUGGUUCCUUUCCCACCAAAAACCCUUAUCAAUCUGAAUGCUGUUGUUCAUUCUGCAACAUUAAAGAGUCUCAUACUGUUAAA